GGGCUGUUUCCUGAAGAGAGACAAAUGAUUUGCAAUGACACUGAAUUGAGAGGAAAAUGUUCCCGCUAAAAGACGCCCAGCUUGGAGCCUUCACUUUUUUUGCCUCAACACUUCCACACGACGUGUGCGGCAGCAACGGGCUUCCACUCACCCCAAACUCCAUCAGGAUUCUGGGACGAUUCCAAAUCCUCAAGGCCAUCUCCCAUCCCCGGCUCUGCCAAUAUGUGGACAUGUUGCGUGGCAAACAUGAAAGGCUGGUGGUGGUUACAGAGCAUUAUGAGAGAAGUCUGGAAGAUCUAUUAAAGCAUGGAAAGCCAACCAGUCCUGGAAGGGUGCUCCAAAUUGCGUUUGAGGUGUUAGAAGGGCUGGAAUACAUGAACAAACACAGCAUGGUUCAUCAAGCACUGGCACCACACAAUAUUCUUCUGAAUUGUGAGGGUCACGUUAAGUUGGCGAAGUUUGGACUGUAUCACAUGACUGGUCACAAUGCUGAUGUUGACUUCCCUAUUGGGUACCCUUCAUAUUUGGCACCUGAGGUCAUUGCUCAGGGCCUGGUCAAGUCCACUGAUCACAAUCAGAACGACAGGUCAUCACCUUCGGGUCCUAAGGUCGACGUGUGGUCUCUCGGUGUCAUACUCUUGGAACUUUGUGUGGGUCACAAACUGCUCCAGAAUGUGGAUAUUUCUGAACGGCUAAAAUUUAUCCUAAAUCUCGGUUGUGUGGAUGAUAUCUUGACUGUGAUAUCAGAAGAGCAUGGCUGCUUGGAGAUGACCAUGGACUUACCCAAAGAUGUUCAAACACUGUUGAAAAAAUGCCUGACCUUUCACCCAUCCAAACGGCCAACUCCAGCUGAACUGCUACAAGACAGUGUAUUCGCUGAAGUUUCUGCAUUGUACAAGCCGUACCGCAAACCUGAUGGUCUCUUUACAUCCUCUCUGCGUUGUGCUGAUUUAAUCAUUCCUGAGGACCUGGGCACAUUCUACAAAGAUGAAGAUUAUCUUUCAGAAAGAUGUAUUGAUGAAGUCUAUUAUCUGUGGUGUUUAGCUGGAGGGGACUUGGAGAAGGAACUUACAAUCAAAGGAAUCAUUCGCUCCAAACCUCCAAUUUGUACAUUGUCAAACUUUAUUUUGGAAGACGGAGAAAGUUUUGGGCAAGUGAGAGAUAGAAGUUUCCUCUUGGAUGAUACCACACUGACACUGCCAUUAUGCCAACUCAGAAAUAGAUUGAAAGAUGUCGCCGGAGAAGCGUUUUAUCCUUUGCUGGAAGAUGAGCAGUCGACUAUAUCACCUUCCAACAGCAACCAUGACCUUACUGCAGCAGCCACCCUGCCUCUCAUUAUAAGAGAGAAAGACACUGAGUACCAACUGCACCGAAUUAUUCUUUUCGACAGGCUGCUAAAGGCAUAUCCAUACAAAAAGAAUCAAAUUUGGAAAGAAGCAAGGGUGGACAUUCCUCCACUAGUACGCGGUUUGACCUGGGCUGCGCUACUUGGCAUCGAGGGUGAUAUCCAAGCAAAAUAUGAUGCAAUUGACAAGGAUACACCAAUACCCACUGAUCGACAGAUUGAAGUGGACAUCCCACGCUGCCAUCAGUACGAUGAGCUGCUGUCAUCACCAGAGGGUCAUAGAAAGUUCAGACGUGUGUUAAAGGCUUGGGUAGUCUCCCAUCAGGAACUAGUCUACUGGCAAGGUUUGGACUCCUUGUGUGCACCAUUCCUGUAUCUGAAUUUCAACAACGAAGCCUUGGCGUAUGCUUGCAUGUCUGCCUUUAUUCCUAAAUACCUGUAUAACUUCUUUCUGAAGGACAAUUCUCACGUCAUACAAGAGUAUCUGACAGUGUUUUCCCAGAUGAUUGCUUUUCAUGACCCAGAGCUGAGUAACCAUCUCAAUGAGAUUGGCUUCAUUCCAGAUCUUUAUGCCAUUCCAUGGUUUCUCACAAUGUUUACACAUGUGUUUCCACUGCACAAGAUCUUCCACUUAUGGGACACAUUACUCUUGGGCAAUUCCUCAUUCCCAUUCUGUAUUGGGGUAGCUAUUCUGCAGCAGUUGCGAGACAGACUGCUGUCCAAUGGAUUCAAUGAAUGCAUUCUACUGUUUUCAGACUUACCAGAAAUCGACAUUGAACGUUGUGUGCGAGAAUCUAUCAAUCUUUUCUGCUGGACACCAAAAAGUGCUACAUAUAGACAGCACGCCCAACCACCUAAGCCUAUAUCUGAUGGCAAUGGAGUGUCCCGGCCAUCAUCCUACUAUUCUGCAGACUAUCAGGACUUGCCCAAGACUGAUCUCGACCCAGUAGAGGUGUGCGAGAGUGUACUUCUCAUUGGCUGCAUGUUCUUCAUUAGCGGAAGGAAGAAAGGAAGAAAAUUGAUGGCCCAUCUCACUGCUACAAAAUCCUGACCACGUUCCUCACCAAUCAGAUCAAACCUGAUAUGGAGCUGAUAUUUCACCCAAGCAGAUCUGCGCUGUACCAGUCAGGAAGGUCUUCAGGAGUCCCUCAGUACUCAACAAAAUUGCUGAUGUGUGGGAGGCUGGGACAUAUGUCCCAUCAAUGUGGACCAGGAGAAGGCCUUUAACAGAAUAUUCUGAACCUACAUGAGAGAGGGGACUGGGGAAACUAUGUGUAAUUAGGUACAGGUGCUCUACACCAAUAUUGGUGAUGCAGUUUCAAUCAGUGGCUGAUGAAAUUUGGAGUCUGACAUGGCUGCCAUCUCUCCUGUGUCCUGUUUAUGUUGUGCAGAAGUUUUAGCUGAGUCCAUUGGGAGGUUCUGCAGCAAAAAGGGAUGAUUGAUCCUGUCAAAUGGUGUCCUACACAAGCUGUCAAAGUCAUUUAGCAGAGUACCUCAUCACUAGAACUUACAAACAAGCACCAAGACAGGGUUCAGCUGGCCAUGAGAAAGGACUUUCUCACCCAAUCCUUCCUAUAUGGCCGGAGGCUCAUCCCCUCCAUGCACAGCCCUCAAAGUGACUGUGACUGUGGAGUAUUUUUCACCCUUUUGUGAAAUUUGCCUUUGCUAAGAAGAUCAGAAGAAAGCCUGUUUUGUCAAGAUUCUGAGCAGCUCCAGACGGUGUGCUAUAAGGGUUGUCCCCAGGAUGUGCACUGAGAGAAACACCAACAGCAGCUGGAGGGCCAUUAUGUCAGUGAAAGACACUCUUUUGUUGUGCCUGAAACCUGCUGGUCUUCCACCACAGUCUUAUCCUUGAGUGAGUGUGGCAGACUGACACAUUCCAAGGCCCAGGAUUACAUGCUAAAUGUAGAUGAAAGGCUGUGGCACGAUGGGGAUUUGUCACUGUCCAAGGCAUUUCAGCUGUUGUACCCUGAAUAUCUGGAAAGCAUAGAACUCGUCAGGCUGUGCGCUUGACAAGGAAUGUGUACGAUGAACAUCAUGGGUAGUGAAAAUGUAUCGAGGCAGCUCAGAGUGGCACAUCAAGCAGAGACAUAGUUUACCUCCAAUGCACUUUCUAUAAUCUGUGGAAUAUAUAUGGCAAUGAUUGAAACUAAUGCUAUCAUACUGAGG